CCCCCCCCCCCCCCUCCGUCCUCGUGCCGCGCCCGCCCCUCGGCCACUCCUCCGAUCCGGAUGGCGCCCCCCGAGUCCGGCCCGGCAGCCUAGCGCAAGCUCGGGCUCGGCCUGGGCCCAGGCUCCCGCCGCGGCGUCCCCGCAGUCGUCAGCUCGAGCUCCCGAGGUCUUGCUGUUCAGCACUUCAGCUAAGGGAGAUGCUUCUGCAUCUCUAGGAGCUCUUUUUUUGGUACUUCAGCAGUGUUCUUUCCUUUUUGGAGUAGAUGUCAUUUCGAAGCAUUGUGCGCGAUGUAAGGGAUGGCUUCGGGAGCUUAUCUAGGAGGGGAUUUGAGGUCAGGCUUCUGGGUCAUCGCCGAGGGAAAUCUCAUGGUGCUGUACAUGAGCUGCACGACCCAGUGCCUGUGGUACAGAGCAGCUGCUGGGCUAGCUUGCCUCCUGAAUUACUUCGAGAUGUGAUUGAGAGGUUGGAGGCCAGUGAGGAUACAUGGCCUUCUAGGAAGAAUGUAGUUGUUUGUGCAUCUGUCUGCAGAACAUGGAGAGAGAUGUGUAGAGAGAUUGUCAAGAACCCAGAGUUUUCUGGGAAGAUCACUUUUCCUGUUUCUCUGAAACAGCCUGGGCCUCGAGAUGGAACUAUACAGUGUUUCAUUAAGAGGGAUAAAUCUACACAAAUCUACUACCUGUACCUUUGUCUUAGCUCAACCGUGCUUGUCGAAAAUGGCAAAUUCCUUCUGUCAGCAAAAAGAAACUGCCGUGCAACAUGUACAGAAUAUAUAAUAUCAAUGAAUUCUGGCAAUGUAUCUAGGUCUACCAAUACCAACACAUACAUUGGGAAAUUGAGGUCAAAUUUCCUUGGCACAAAGUUUGUAAUCUAUGAUACUCAGCCGCCAUACAAUGCAGCAAGUUCUACACAGUCAGGGAAAACAAGCCAUAGAUUCUACUCCAAGAAGGCAUCGGCAAAGGUUUCUUGCAGCAGGUACAGCAUAGCACAAGUCUCAUACGAGCUGAAUGUCUUGGGAACUCGAGGUCCGAGGCGGAUGAACUGCGUAAUGCACUCCAUACCAGCCUCAUGCCUUGAGGCUGGUGGAAGUGUCCCUUGCCAGCCGGAUAGCAUCGUUGCCCACUCUCCCGGCGGAUCCUUCAGCAGUGUCUCCUUGUCAAAGUCAUCCGUUAUGGACCACUCUAUGCAUUUCAGCAGCGCUCGGUUCUCUGAUGUUGCAACAGGCUUAGGCCUAGGGACUGAAGGCCGGGCAUUGUUCGACGACGAAGAGUGCAACGACAGGCCUUUGGUCCUCCGCAACAAGUCUCCAAGGUGGCACGAGCAACUUCAGUGCUGGUGUCUCAACUUUCGUGGUCGGGUCACAGUUGCUUCAGUCAAGAACUUCCAGCUGGUGGCUGCGACACAACCUGCCGCGGGAGCCCCAACCCCAUCCCAGCCAGCCCCAGCGCCUCCGCCGGAUCAAGACAAGGUCAUACUGCAGUUUGGGAAGGUUGCCAAGGACAUGUUCACCAUGGACUACCGCUACCCGCUGUCAGCCUUCCAAGCGUUCGCGAUCUGCCUGAGCAGCUUCGACACCAAGCUGGCCUGCGAAUAAAAUCUGCCAGUUGCGCGUGCAUCGCCCACCGGUGCUUUUCGGAGAUCAAAGUAGCUGCCUCGCCCCAAGUACAUCUGGGGAUGCCAUUCUACUGCAGGUGGUGCUGUGCUGCCUUAUUAACCCAGAAACAGCCCCAGAAAUGCAUGGGGCUCUUUCAGCAGAACACCCUUCUGAUAACCUGUAGCUGCUGCUAUUUCCCUUCAGAUGCCGUAGCAUGUUGCACUGCAUUCCCAUUUCUUUUCAGUUCUGUAGCUUGCCCUGUAACAAUAACUCUGUAUGCGUAUUUGGAUGAUUCUAGCGUUCUUCAUUGGAUUGUUCAUCAGGACGGUAUUAACAGAGACAGUUACAAUAA